GAAAAAACGGAAAUCGAAACUUAACUGAAGUGGUUAUCUGAUUUCAAGGUAUUUUAGCGGAUCAUUGGUGUACUGUGGGCAAGGUUAUCAUAUCAUUCUUUGCCUUUUUCAGCUUAUUUCAUACCCAGUAAGAAAUGACAACUGCUGGUCGUCCAACAUGGGAUUCAGCGAAAGGUGGACGGGGUAAAUGGGAAGGGGAUCUAAGUGCCAUGUCAAAGCAGUAUUCUGUCCGAGAUCUACCAUCUCAUACAAAACUCAAAGUUCGACAGGAAGGUCAAGGUCGCCCAGAGGACCUUCAGGGAAAAGACUUCAAAAGGAUGCUUGAAGAGAAGGAAAAACGGCUGGCUCUGGAAAAGACCGGGAAAGCUUCCGCUACCGCUUCGAUAACAGCCCCUGCACCGGGCGAAAAACGAACUAGCACGGCAGUUGAUUCAGCCUCAGCUACGGCCGGUAGUGCUAUCAAACGGCCUAAACCUGAAACCAUAGCAGCUGUCUCCACUGCUAACCUCGAUGCCGAUGAUCCAUGGGAUGAGGAUUACGGGGAAGAUGCCAACGAUACUCAGGUCAACGGUACCGACGCUCAAGAUGAUACAGCGCAUGAUGACGAGGACGACGACGAGGAUGAUGAUGAAGAUGAAGAACUCCUACUCGCUGAAUUAGCUAAAAUUAAACGUGAGCGUGCUGAAGAGGCCGCUAGGUUAGCUGUCGAGCGUAAAGCCGCUGAGGAGACAAUUCGCAUGGAGAACAUCUUACGAGGCAAUCCUCUGUUGAAUGCAAGUGGUCCAUCAGAAUUUAAGGUCAAACGUCGCUGGGAUGAUGAUGUUGUGUUCAAAAACUGCGCUCGAGGUGAAGUUGAUCAUACCAAACGCGGCUUCAUAAAUGACACCCUCCGUUCAGAGUUUCACAAGAAGUUUAUGAAGAAGUAUAUUCAAUAGUGUUGCACUGUCUUUCUUGCACUUUCUUCUGUACAUACAACACUUCAUUUUACAUU